UCGAUUUCAGGUCUAACGUAUGGCGCGAGAAGAGAUCACCGAUAUUCAACGAGGAAUUCCGCUGAACUUCAGAUGAGCAUUUACAGGGGGAAAAUGCCAGUUUUAAACGAAACAACUCAAACAGUCAAAACCCCAGAUAAAUGUCUCAAAUCUGCAUCUGAUGAAGUUGAUUCACAACUAGAGAAAGACCGCCAGUACUGGGAUUUUGGCACCCAGUUAGGUGUCGGUUCCCACGGGCAAGCAACAUUUAGUGGAGUUAAUGACUUUGAUUAUCCAAAUGUUCUUGGCAUCCAACUACCUCCACAAAGAAGUGGCUUGCAUCUGAAUUUGUUGCAUAGUGUUAAGAGAAUUCCUCUCCCUGAAGAAUUGUUUGAGCAGUUCAAACAUGUUCAAGCAAAUGUUACAAUGGGUCUUUUUGCUGAAAUAAGCAGAGCAUGGCUGGCAAUUGAUAGUGAUAUUUAUGUUUGGAACUUUGAAGAUGGAACUGAUGUGGCAUAUUUUGAUGGCCUUGACGAAGUUAUCUUAACUGCAGGACUUAUAACUCCAAAGCCAGGUGUUUUCCAGGAACACAUACAAUUUUUGCUUUGCAUUGCAACACCUUUCAGUAUCGUUGUUCUUGGAGUAAGCUUCUCUGAGGAAAAAGAUGGCAAAGUUUAUGGAGAAAUGCAUUUACAACCUCAGCCAUUGUUUACUGUCCCAACGGAUAAUGUGUUUAUGACCUCAACUGCUGGAUUGUGGAAUGGGCGAAUAUUUCUCAGUGGGGCAGAUGGAUGUUUGUAUGAGCUGGCAUAUCAGGCACAGAGUAGCUGGUUCAGACAGAAGUGCUCUAAGAUAAACCACACAGCAAGCUGGAUGUCAAUUCUUGUCCCAUCUUUUGUGUCCAAAGCCUUUACAAGUGAAGAUCCAGUAUGCCAGAUUGCUGUUGAUAAUACGAGAAAUAUUUUGUAUGGAAGAACAGAGAAUGGAAAUAUCCAGGUUUAUGAUGCUGGUGAAGACGGGACAAAGAUGCGACACGUUUCAUGCCUGUCCUCCAAUUCCAUUGCAGUCAACGCCUCGUAUGUUGCAAAAAAUCUAGACAAGAAACAUAUACAAAGAAUUAUUCACAUAGCCCCCGUCUCAAAAGCAGAAGCAUCUCAAGUUCAUCUGGUUGCCAUUACUGAUACAGGUGUGCGGCUUUACUUUUCGACAACAAACCCAGCAAAUCCUGAAGGGAGACCAUGUUUACUGCGUUUGGUUCACGUAAGGCUCCCCCCUGGUUUCACACCGUCUGGAACGACUUCAAAACCAAGCAAGGUCCAUCAAGCAUUUUAUCGGCAAGGGACGACGUUAAUGCUGGACAAUUCAUCUGAGGAAAACGAUGUUUUAUGGUGUUUAAGCCAAGAGUCCUUUCCUUUUGAAAACAGCAUUAAAGAGAGUCAGGUGUCAUCGGCCAUUGAAGGCAAAACAUGGUGCGUCUCUGAGAUCCCAGAUUACAGCAACCCCAAUCAUAUCCCAGAAGCUUUUUUCUCGUGUUUGUGGCCUGAGCCCCCAGCUAUUGUUAACCAGCACGUUUUACCUCGUCGACGAUUUGUCUUGCUAAGCCCAAAGGGGAGCCAUGUUGUCACGACGCUUCGACCAUUUGAACAACUCCGAGAACUUUUUAUCAACAGUGGUAAUGGCAUGGCUGAUUCUAUUGAAACAUUUUUUCAGUUUUACGGAGUCACACAAGCCUGCGCAAUGUGUCUUGUACUUAUCUGUCAAAGCCCCGAAGCAGAAAAAGAGAUUGUGAACCGGGCUGUCCAAGCUUUCUUUAGGUAUGAUUACCCAUCAACACUUGCGGGACAGAGAAUGCCCAGCACAGGGGCUCAAACUGCAGAAUCGACGGUCAACAUCACCGAUGCUAGUUUCAUGUUUGGAGGCCCUGUGCCCGCUGGCAGCGCUCAUGGGAGUUAUUUAGCAUCCCCAGUCCAAAAGAAACUGAAACCGCAAUCUGUUGGCUCACAGUUCCAGACUUCGACACCGGCUACCGGACUGCUAGCGAAAUCCGGUCCACAACCCUCAUCCGGAAAGUACAGUGGAAUCGCGUUGUAUCUUGCCAGAAUUUUGAGGCCCGUUUGGAAUCAUCUACUGGUGUACAUUGAUUACCCUGAUGGAAGAAACCAACAGCUGGUAAGCAGACUCUCGAGUGAAGAUCUCUCGUGGUUUAUCGAAAGUCUCCGAAAGCUAAAAGAGUUUAUGGAAAGAUACUCAAACUUGGAACUCUUGGGCUCACCAACUCGCCGACACGAUGCAGUCUUAAGUUCACAAGUCGCGGGUAGAAAAAGAAACCUUGGGGACCAAGAAGCUGUUGCGGUUGAACGAAAUGCGUUGGUCAAUCUUGCCAACCUAAUCUCGAUGUGCUGCGAAGCGCUGGAGCUGUGGAGGACUCUCUGCGAUAAUCAAUUCCAUAUUGUCGCCCAAAAUCUUCCUCAGGAGUUGAAAGAGAAGCUAGCUGGAUUGUCGUUCAAGGAAUUUGUAUUAAACGGGCAAGAGAUUUCCGCCGCCCUAAUUGGUUGUUUGAUGGCACGUUACCUUGACGACCAAGCAACAGUUGAUGCCCUCAAUAGCCAAUUGCGAGAGAUCUGUCCAACAUUGUUUUCUAUUGACGAUGCAAUUUAUGCAAAGGCCAACGAAAUUGUUCAUUUUGCAAGACAUGUUCUAGACCCGGCUGAAAGGAACACACUUCUCGCAGAAGCCAUCAGCAUGUAUUUCAAAGUCCCAGGACUGCUAGACUUGACAUGGAUUUGCGAGCAGCUGCAAUCAGUGAGACAUUUUGAUGGGAUAAUUGAGCUGGCUCUAUAUGCUGCCGUGAAGAGGGACCCACAAAACGUUGCGUUGCAUUAUUAUAAAGCUGGAGAGCCAAGAGAUGACACGCAAGGGAAGGAAGCUUUCAUUCUCAGGUGCGAUGCAUACAACUGCAUUUUGAAUGCCUUGAGUCACAUCUUCGAGAAGUCUUCAGAACAUCCUCAUUCCCUGCCAACAGAACCAGGGCCUCCAGUGCAACCAGAUGUCAACGCGCUUUCUGUUAAUCAAGCCAAACACUUGUUUGACCAAACAUUGAAAGUUUGCCUCCAAAGUGACGACGAACUAUUUCACGUAACUUUAUAUAAAUGGAUGAUGACAAAAGAACUCACAGACCGGCUAAUUGAGAUUUCAUCACCAUUUCUUCAAACCUUUAUUGUGGAUACCGCUGCAGAAAAGCAUCCAAACGAUAUCCCAAUUUUGGAUUUACUUUGGAAAUAUCACCAAAAACACAAGCAAUACAUCCAAGCUGCAAAAGUCUUGAUUGGACUUGCUGAGCGACAAUGCACGUCACUCGUCCUACAAGAACGUGUCGCUUAUAUUUCAAGAGCAAUCAUGUGUGCAAAGAAUUCACUGACAUUUGCAAGUUCAAAUACAGAAGGAGAGUUUCUGCACGAGUUAGAAGAAAAAUUAGAGGUCGCAAGAAUACAAUACCAGGUUUAUCAAGCUUUAAACGCAACAAACGUCGGUCGCAGUCUCAUUCAAGAAAAAGCUGAUGCCAUUAAGUUGCUUGACACACAGCUGGUCGAUAUAUCACAACUUUAUGGGGAUUUCGCCGACCGUUUUGACUUGCUAGAAUGCAAGUUGGCGAUAUUGCAUUGCGCUGGACAUCAAGAUAAAGCGUUGAUUGAGAACAUUUGGAAACAACUCAUCGAUAAGGCUGUUCGUGUUGACGGUCGAAUGGCAGCUGUGAGUCAAGUUGUGAUAUCAACUGGAAAGAUGUACGUCACAAGCCAAGGAUUUUUUCCUUUAGCUUUUAUAUUAUUCUAUUUGGAAAAAGUAUCCUGUGAAAACUCGUGGGAUCCGACCUGGGUAUUUGUCACUCUAAGGGAGGUUGGUUUAUCAAUGAAACAGCUCUGGCUCGCAUACGACAAACUUUUAAAAAGCAAGGAAGCUGUCUGGCAAGCCUCCGGGAAGCCAUUGCAUUUACUAAAUGCAAUCUCACUUUUCAUCAAAACGUAUUUGGAUAACACCACUGUUGUUCCUUCAAGUGAAAGGCCAGCGUUCAACAGAUCAUUAUGUGAAGCCUGCUCCGGUUAUCUUGUAGAACUUGAAUCGAUGAGUGAAAGCAAUACAUUAGUGAAAAACUUGCUGUCAAGAUUUCGCGGUGUCAUUGCGCAGUUAAAGAGAUAAAUGUUUAGAUUUAAUAGAGUAAAAGCUGUGCUGAUAAACACACAACUUAAGCUAAAAUAGGGGGGGGUUGGAAAGGUGUUGUCCCUUAAACUUUGAUAGACAAUCUUUCCACUAUGUUAUGUCAUUGUAAAUCUUUGUGUAAACCUCGUGUAUACGGUACUUCAUGUAUACGUCACCAAAUAUAUGCCCCCGAAUGUACAACUUUGAUGUAGGUUGUUCAACAGGCCAUUUAAUCCAUUUACUCGCGUCAACCAAAACUCUAUAAAGCAGAAUUAAACAUGUCUGAUAUUGUUUGUGACAGAAGUUUGAUUUUGUAAUUUUUGCAUGAAUUUUGAAACGUGGAAGUACUUAAGAAUUAAUCAGUAAUUUGAAACCAGUUGAUGAUACUGAAGACCUGGACCAAUCAAA